AUGUUGCUCCUCAUGGGUGUUACUGGUGUUCGUUACUCCGUCUACCCCACAGAGUCCACCAACACCAAUCAGACCACAGAGACUGAAGGUCAACUGCAGACCAUAUGCGGUAAUCAAAACGUUGUUACGGUCAAACAAGACCGUGUGAUAGACUCUUGUACUAGCACAGCGAAAGACGAGAGCGAUCCGAUACAAGUGAUUGCCGAUCUCAAAGGAGUGAGCCAUGUUACUCAGCAAGACUUGACGGAAAGUCAAUCGGAUACUGUAGAACACAGAAAGCUAGCUGUCCGCAAUUUCCCUCAUCAUAGUGCUUUCGCAAAAAAUGUAACAAACACCGAGAUGACGGAAGAGUUCCUCCAAUCUCAGACGGAAAGCGGUUCUAGGAUAUUUCAGUACAAGGAAGAUGGGGUGAUAGUAGCUUGGUACGGCUUAAGCUUAAGUCCCGAAGCGAAGGAGGUGGUGGAAAAGUACGACGGUAUUGAAGAAUUGGUUGCUGCGGAGAGGAAGAACUAUAACCGAGCUUUAUUAACCAAAACAAGCCUACCGGCCGUGAUCGCCAAAGCCGGAGAGCUCUCAGACCGCGAUACACUAAUUCGAAUGAAUUGA